CACGUACUGCACAGCUGCACAAGCUGCCAAGACCAAAGCCUAGCCCUAGUAGAUCCCACUCUGCUUUGCUCAGACAGAGUGUGGUCGUGGACUCCUCCCCCUAACCACCCUACUUGCCGUAUAUAGCUAAGCCAAACCGCCGUUCCACAGGCCAUUUCGGGCGUCGGCCUUGCCAUAAUUGAUCGCCUCUGCAUUCGGUUCCGGUCAGAUAAACCGGCCGGCGUGUACGUGCAUGCGAUGGCUUCUUUCGUCUCUCCGUCUUCGUCUUCCUCCAUCGCCGGUCUCCUCCUGUUCGUCAUCGCGUCGUUCCUUCAAGGGCUGGUGGCGGCGGCCGGCGUGACGUUCACCUUCACGAACCGCUGCGGCGGCACGGUGUGGCCGGGGGUGCUGGCCAACUCGGGAAGGGCGCCGCUGGAGACGACGGGGUUCGCGCUGGGCCCCGGGGAGGCGCGGUCGCUGGCGGCGCCGGCGGGGUGGUCGGGACGGUUCUGGGCGCGCACGGGGUGCGCCUUCGACGGCACCUCGGGCGGCAAGUGCGCGACGGGCGACUGCGGCAGCGGCGAGGCGGAGUGCCACGGCUCCGGCGCGACGCCCCCCGCCACGCUCGUGGAGUUCACCCUCGGCGGCGGCGGCAAGGAGGACUACUACGACGUGAGCCUGGUGGACGGGUACAACGUGCCGGUCGUCGUGGAGCCGUCCGCGGCGGGGUGCCCGGCCACGGGGUGCCUCGUGGACCUCAACGAGCGGUGCCCGCCGGAGCUCCGGGCCGCGGAGGGGUGCCGGAGCGCGUGCGAGGCGUUCGACCGGCCGGAGUACUGCUGCAGCGGCGCGUUCGGCGGGCCGGACACCUGCCGCCCGUCCGCCUACUCGCAGGCCUUCAAGGCGGCCUGCCCGCGCGCCUACAGCUACGCCUACGACGACGCCACCUCCACCUUCACCUGCGCCGGGUCCGCCGCCUACUCCGUCACCUUCUGCCCCCGCGCCGGCACCUCCAGCAGCAGCCUCAAGUCAAGCAACGACCCGUUGCCGAGGCCGGGCGACGUGGUCGCCGGCGCGCAGGUUGCGGCGGACACAUGGCUGGCAAGCCUGGCGACCGGCGAGAGCGACGCCGCCGCGGACAGGACGGCGGCGGCGGCGGCGCUCCGGGCCGCGCUGGCGGCGGCGGCCGUGGCCUUGCUUGUGUCGUCACUCUAGCCAAGACGGUUGGAGCGAGUACAAUUAAUUAACUAAGAUGAAUAGAUGAUGAGGACGUGAUGAGCAUCAUAUUCUUUUGCCUUUUGCUUGUGGAUAGAGAGAGUGGUUCUGAUGACAAGGUGACAACCAGCUUUAUAGUAUACUUGUGCUGCAUAUUUUUUGCAGUGUUGUCGGUCAACUAGUGCGCUAUGCAUUGGUUGAUUUAUAUCUCUCACGAAUCGUGCUGCUCAUGUUCCUUCCUGUGUACAAAACACUGUUUAUUUUUAUUAGAAAUUUAUUGCCUCUUCUUGUCACAUGCUGUAUCCUAAGUAUGUAAGAUUUUAUCACCUCUUCUAGGUACUCAGGAGUCAGGACUAGCUUUCUACUUCUCUGAGGGUUUUGGGAUCCUUUUUUUGUGUGAGUGGUUUGAGAUGUAAAUGAUGUAUAUAAUUACCUUCUUUGAACUUACACAUUACUCAAGCAAUUUCCAUGAUUGUCAUAAGCUAGUAAGGAUAAUCAAAAUCUUAUGUUCUUAACC